UUUGUUUCUCUUGAGCUUUCAGAACCGCAAAACUGCAGAAGUGUAAUAUCACAAACAUAACAUAGCAGCCGCGAGAGAGGAAGCAGCAACGAGAACCCAGAUGGAGGGGGGUAGGAUUGCUGAAGAAAUUUAUGCUGAAAGUUUACAACUGUCAAAAUUAGAGCUAACGUCAACCGGUGCUGCUGAGCAAGAAAAUAAGCUUAAUGAUUGUGAUGAUAGUGAUUUUGGUCUUGAUGGUUCUGUCUGGGAUGAUUCUGAUGACAAGUUGGAGCGCUCAUCAGAUUUGAACAGAGAGUGGCAGAGGAGGCAUGACCAGUUCCAUACGAUUGGGUACCGUGAUGGUCUUAUAGCGGGGAAGGAAGCAUCUGCACAGGAGGGUUUUAAUAUUGGUUUUAAACAAUCAGUUCAUGCUGGUUUUAAUUGGGGUGUUGUGAGAGGUGUAGCCAGUGCUUUUGCUUAUCUUCCAGAUAAGUUAAAAGAGAGGUUGGUUGAAACACUUGAAAGAAGAGAUGAAUUCCAACAGCUGCACGAAUCAGUGCAUUCUUUGUCAACAACAGAUGCCCUUAGAUUGUUUCAUGAGGACUUCAAAGCACAAGAAGCUUCAGGGCAGAGUGAACACGUAGAGGAUAGCUGCGGCAUAGCAGGUUUGCAGGAACAAGCUUCACAUGUCUCUCACUUGACAAAUUAUAGUGGAAAACUUGAAUCUCUGAUUCAUGAUUCCCCUUCCAUUGACAGUCAUUUACCUGAACCAAAAUAAACUGUGAUCUACCACUCAUGUAAAACACCUUAGCCUAGAAUGGUAAGAGAUUAUGCAGUACUUGAGACUUCUGCUAAAUUUGAACGCAGUUGAACUCAACAAAGCAAGUUGAAAAUACAGUUGUUAAUUUCAAUUUACAUACAUUCUCAGUGUUUAUCA